GUCCUCCCUCCAACUGUCAAUUCCGCCUUGUCGGCAAAGCAGUUCCCUAUAGCCGUCCUCUUUCGGAAAAGAAUUUUGUGGCGACCACGUUGUAGCAUCUCAUCGCCACCAUGCAAAUUUUCGUGAAAACCCUGACCGGCAAGACUAUCACCCUUGAGGUCGAGCCUUCGGACACGAUUGAAAAUGUUAAAGCGAAAAUUCAGGAUAAGGAAGGAAUCCCCCCGGAUCAGCAGCGUCUGAUCUUCGCCGGAAAACAGCUGGAAGACGGACGCACUUUGUCCGAUUACAAUAUUCAAAAGGAGUCCACCCUUCACUUGGUGUUGCGUCUGCGAGGCGGGAUCAUCGAGCCUUCUCUGCGUCUUUUGGCGCAGAAGUACAACUGCGACAAGAUGAUCUGCCGCAAGUGCUACGCGAGAUUGCAUCCACGUGCCACCAACUGUCGCAAGUCGAAAUGUGGACACACGAACAAUCUCCGCCCAAAGAAGAAGUUGAAGGGUUAAGUUUUUAAUUUUCAUGCUGCAGGUUCUCAUGUAAUUUGAGGAUACUGAAUACACAAUUUUUUGGUCAGAA